AUGCCACGCUGCUACAUGGUGAAGAAGGCAUGCAACAAGUAUCAGACACCGGCAAGAGACAGUUGGGGCGUUGGAGCGUCGCGCGACGGCGAAGCACUGACAUCCGCGGCAGCGUCAACAGCAACAGCCUCUACGACAGCCACCGCUGCAGCAACGGCCACGACAGCAGCAGCCGCCGCCGCCGCCGCCGCCGCUGCAGCAGGAACCAUCGGCGACCCCCGCGAGGACUCCCCGUGCCCUGUCAGCCCUACGGAGGGCUGCGUGGCGCCUCCCAGCCCAGCCGACUUCUACCGACCUCUCACGACUGUCGCCCCUCAUCAAAGUUACCUCAACGACUUCAUCCCGCAGAGCCCCGAGGAGCCGAACCUGUCCGUGGUGCACACGGAAGUGCUGACGCACGAUGGAGGCAUCCCCAUCUUCCGACUGCGCAGCGCGGAAGAGACGGAGGCGGCGCACGACCUCCUGGAGCUGUCC